AUGAAUCCGCUUUAUGCCUUCCUUGCUUCGCUCUCUCUUACCUAUGGUUUCCAUCCUAACUGCCCUGGAAGAUGUAGCUGUGAUUCAGUGCAGUCGGUGCAAUGCUACAGGCUAACGGAGGUACCAUCAGGCAUUCCUUCCACCACCAAGAAGCUCUACAUUAGCCACAGCAAAAUUCAGCACCUUCAGCUGUCUAGCUUCACCGAAAUGUCAGCUCUAGAAGAAUUUAUUCUGCUGGCCAGUGGAACAGAGUCAGUAGAAAAUGACACUUUCAAAACUCUAAGUACCUUGAAGACCUUGGAACUCUGGAAGAACAAGUUAGGACAAGUCCCCAGUGUUCUCCCCGCCGGUCUUGAAGUGUUAAAACUAAAUGAUAAUUCAAUAAAUGUCCUACAUGGAUCUGAUUUUGAAGGACUGAAGAAAUUAAAAAUCCUUGAACUUAAAAACAAUCUGAUCUCUUCUCUCUCUCCCAGCACACUCUCUCCCCUGGUCAGUUUGCAGAGUUUGAUGUUGGAUGACAACAUUAUUGAAUCUGUAGCUGGACCACUGGUACUUCCACACCUGAAAAGCAUGAGCAUAGAGAAUAAUAAACUGCAUCUUAUACCAGCUAGUUUCUUUGCUUCUCUUCAGGUUUUGCAAUUCCUCAGUGUCAGUGGUAACUUUCUGACUAAAAUUCCUAUUAAUCUGCCCAAAUCCCUGCUCUCUUUAAAAAUGGAGAGAAACCAGCUCAAAGUGGUAAAGUUUCGAGAUAUGAAACACUUGGAGAAUCUUUCCCACCUUUAUCUGUCAGAAAACGCACUCUCCUCCAUCGAUGGGGCACAGAUCCUUGGCAAUUUAACUACUCUUGAGUUGUCCCAAAACCAGGUUCGAAUGUUGCCCCUCAAACUACCAGCAAGGCUACAAAAACUAGAUAUUAGCAAUAAUCUGAUUCAGAGAGUUACAGCCCAAGACUUCCAGGACCUCCGAGACUUGAAACAUUUGUUUCUGGACAACAACGUUGUUAGCUUGUUCGAAGCUGGCGCCCUGCAGAUGUGUUCCCGGCUCUCCAACCUGGCCCUGGAACAGAACCUGCUAUUGUCUAUACCUCUAAGGCUUCCAGGGACCUUAGCCAGGCUGGACCUAAAAGGCAAUGCUAUCCGGGAUAUUACUGAGAGGGACCUCAAGGAUCUAAAGCAGCUUCAGGUUCUAAACCUUAGGAACAACAAGAUUUCUGCCUUAGACUUCAAAGCCUUGGAGGGGUUGCCUCGCCUCAGACACCUGUACCUGGAUGGAAAUCCGUGGAAUUGUACCUGUAGUCUCAUAAGAGUGAGGGAGGUCCUGAAGGCCAAGGGCACAGAUGUGAAGGGGGGACAAUGUGCUGCACCAGCUGAACGACAAGGGGAGAGCUGGAUGUCUUCCAAGAAGAUCAUGAGACAAUGUGAGCAUCAAUUACAUCUGACCGAGAAAAACAAAGAAACCAAAAAGAAACCAAAACCAGAAGAGCACUCCAGCAUCAGAAUCAACAUGGAUGAUGAUUAUUAUGAUUAUGAAAUAGAUUAA